GAGCUGUCCGUUUCCGUGUUGUGGCAAAAGCUGUUCGCUGGAUUCAAGGCACAUUGGAGCCGAGAAAUUGGGAGAAGCGGACAUUGUUGUGGUGCUGGCUCUGCUACGGAGGAGCAGUGAUAAACGGGUAAAGGACUGAAUCGCCCGACUGUCUUUUAACUGGAAACUGUACGCAGUUUGUAAAGAUUUCAUUGUUGUUUUUACGGACUGCAUGUCGAAUAGCGGAAUAACAGCCUAGUGGGUUAUCUACACAAGCAAGCGCGAUGUCAUUUGCGUAAAAACACAUCUGCAGCCUGUUCGCUCGGACUGUUGGACUAAGCCUCAGUAGAUCCAAAGGGCCUUUUACAUAUUGUACAGAAAAAACAAUAAAAUAGACCACAGUGACAGUAUGUAAAUUAAGGACAACCUUGGAGGCCUUUUAACUGAGUCUGUCGCUGUGCGUGGAUGGCAGAUUGACAUUAAUGGGGAUUUGCUGCUACUCAAAUUCAUCAGGGAUUUAUGCUGCGCGAAUUAGGUUUGAUUCGCCACUACAGACAAGGAUCACAUGUUUUUGCCUGGGUCUUGCCUGCGGGGAUCAUUUCAGGAACUGUGGCAACUGGAAAACACGGGAUGAAGAAAAUUACGGAUCUAUGAUGGCUUUGGGCUGCGCACCAUUCUGUUAAUACACUGAGUCUCAGGGACAAGUGAGUUCAUAAUCCAAAAUGAGCAGCGAAGGUGAGGUAUUAAACAGGGAGCUGUCAAAAGUAUCUGACGAAGACUUGCUGUCAUGCUCCAAAGAAGAGCUGGUGAACCGGCUCCGUAAAGAGGAAACAGAGAAGAUUUCAGCACUGGUUCAGCGAGGAAAGCUAAUUAAAGAAGUGAAUAAACAACUGCAGGGACAUCUUCUAGAAAUCAGGGAACUAAAAGUAAUCAAUCAACGCCUACAGGAGGAAAAUGUUGAGCUAAGAGACCUUUGCUGUUUCUUGGACGAUGACAGACUCAAAGUGAAGAAGCUGGCCCGAGAAUGGCAGCUAUUUGGGCACCACGCUGCCAAAGUGAUGCGAGAGGAUCUAGGGGGCUACUUAAAAAAGCUGGCUGAUUUGGAGCGCUUACAGGAUGGCCUGGUAAAGGAAAACUUGGACCUCAAGGAGCUAUGUCUGGUGUUAGAGGAGGAGUGUGUUAGCCGGAGCGACUCCAGUCCUGGAGGCUCCACUGAGCUGAACCUGCCUUGCAUGGUGGCCCGAGACCUGGGGGAUGGCAGCUCCAGCACAGGCAGUGUUGGAAGCCCGGAUCAGCUCCACUUAGUGUGCUCUCCUGAUGACUGAAGGCAAAGUUAUGUUACCUCCAGGGCAACUAAACAGUAAUGUUAACUUUGCUGUGAUGGACAUGGCAGACACAUUUUGGUGCAAAGGCAUUAGGGCUUUCUGAAUGCUGCUCAAUUGGAGUGCCACUGUUUCAUAUUCAGGACUUUCUUAAAACAUUUUGCAGUUGAAUUUUCCGUGUUUUUAAUGUGUUUUUUCCAAAUUAUUGAUCUUAUUUUCAGUGGUAUAACAGAGAAAUGAAAUGGGACCAAAUAAGUGGGUCACAUAUUAAUUUGUCUCUGCACUGGGCUAGGCUACACUGGUGGAAGCCUUGUUUCCUUAUUGCACUGGAAGAUAGCAUGGAUCUGGUAAAUGUUAAAGAUCCUUUUCAAUCCAGUUUGAGCCAUAUUUAUUCUACUGAAAACAAAAAAAACAAAAAACAAUAGCACUGGCAUUGAUCAGUUGUGAUUUAAAAGUUUAUUUAGAUGCCUGUUAAUGUGUAAUAUUUAUGCACUCAGAUCCUCAGGACAGGAUUGGAGUGUUGUGAGUGCAUGAUGAUCACAGCUUGUUUAACACUCUGAAUCACUUCAGGUUUACUGUUGGUGGUGCUUGGUGUGUUGAGAUUAACUGGACCUUACCAAUGGACCUUUUUUAAGAACUAAAAACAGAUCAUGCCUCUGACAGACACUUUUUGUAUGUGAAAUUUAAGUGAAUUCUGCGAAGGCUUGUUGGUUUACAUUUUCACAGCUACUAUUGUUAGGUAAUGAUGUUUUGGUCACAUCUGAAUUUUUCAUAGAUUACUGUUGAGUGCUAAAAUAGCAGUCACACAACAACAUUGCAAUCUUAUACAUUUUUCUGUAACAUGUGCUUGUAUUCCCUUUGUAAUAUUAGGAUUAUAUUGACCUCUGUUUGUUCAAAUUUAAUAUAUUACAAUUAAUAAUUGAUUUUGUUUGAAGUAGAUGCACAUAGUUUGAAUGAGAAAAUACUUGCUUUGUUGUUGGAUUAUUCUGAUAGUUCCAUAGAGCUUUAAUACAGUGGCUAAAUUACA